AUGGAGUCCACCCACCCGGCUGUCCAUACACAGGAAAGGCGCCCUCCAAGUCUGCCAAAUGAGAUGCUCAUGGAGAUAUUCUCCCAUGUUCGCCAAAGUCAUCCGCAUCACAAGCUGAAGGCUUUGCGUCACCUUGCGCUCGCCUCUCACGCUUUUCACAAUCUCGUCACGCCAAUCCUUUAUUCCGAGUUCUCAGACCGGGAAUUUACUCCCUUGCAAGGCGACGAGUGCGAAAUUAUCGACUACAAAAGCGACGACGGCAACAGUGAUAGCGACGAGACCAAUGGCCUCCAUACCAAUGACUCAUACUCCGGAGAAGGUACUCGUGAGAAAAUACACUUGUUCCUCCGCAUAAAACUCGCCAACCCAAGCCUAACGAAGCAUCUCAAAUUCGCGACUCUAAGGCUCAGCACCAAAGCUGUCUCUAAUCCACUAGGCUAUGAUGAUACAGAAUGGGUCCUUCGUAAAAUCCGUGGGCUGCCUCUUCCUUUCGACAGACGCUUCUGGGCAGUCAGAGAAACCUUCAAAGACAAGAACGCGGUGGCAGCUCUCGUCCUCACCUACGCGACUCCUAUCCUCACCAAAGUCCGGGAACUGUCGUUCAGACAGACUGAGCUACGAUUGCCAACAGAAGCGGGGCCAGGAUUCCGACUCCCUUCGUUGAUAGAGUACAGCGGAUGUGAUAUCGUUCCCAAGAUCGCCGGAAGCCCUUGGCCUCCAGUUAACCCAUCAAAUCUCACCUCGAUCAGUAUUUUGGAAGCACCAAUCCACCUUGAAUCGCUGGAGAUGUUGCUGGCAUGGUGCGCAAAGCUCAAUCUUUUUAGCUACGCUUUCAAUAACAGCUACUCCGAUAUGAGACAAAAUGAAAAGCCCAUCAAGAUUAUCAACGCGCUCAGGAAGCACUCGAGCAAGAGUUUGGAAAAGCUCAGAAUUCACCACAACCAUAGGCCGACGUUUACGAGCCAUCUGGUUUCUCCUAUCUAUGAGCAGUCCUCCCUGGUUAUAUUCGGAAAGCUAUCGUCUCUAUACAUCGACGCUCCUAUCCUGUUUGGAACACCCCCGGCAGAUCUAUAG